AGGACUGCAGGGGCAGGCGCCAGCAAGACACCCACGCUGAGAGGUGUAGAUCGCCCAAGGGCAGGUUGGCUCACCUUACCUAGCUUUGCUCUUGCUGGGGCCAAGAGGACUCAUGCGCCAGUGCCAAGGGCCCUUAGGCACUCUUGCAGCUAGCUUAUCGGGCUUAUCGUCCUCAGCUCUGGAGGACCAGGAACAAACAGGCUUCAAAGCUGAGGGCUUGGCUGGCAGACAGGGGCUGGGUCUUUCACCUCUGUCCCCUCUCUCUCCCGGCACAUAUAAUACCCUAGUCACACUUGGAGAUGAGGAGGGGAAGGUGUCUACUGCGAGAUGGAUGUGGGCAGCAAAGAGGUCCUGAUGGAGAGCCCGCCGGACUACUCAGCAGUCCCUGGGGACCGGUUCCGAAUCCCCUGCUGUCUUGGGAAGAUCAAACGCCUUCUCAUCGUGGUCGUGGUCCUUGUUGUCGUGGUGAUUGUUGGGGCCCUGCUCAUGGCUCUUUACAUGAGCCAGAAACAUACUGAGAUGGUCCUAGAGAUGAGCAUCGCGGGGCCGGAAGCCCAGCAACGCCUGGCCCUGAGUGAGCGUGUGGGAACCACUGCCACCUUCUCCAUUGGCUCCACUGGCAUCGCGGUGUAUGACUACCAGAGGCUCCUGAUUGCCUACAAGCCAGCCCCGGGAACCUGCUGCUACGUCAUGAAGAUGGCUCCGCAGAGCAUCCCAAGUCUUGAGGCUCUCACUAGAAAAUUCCAGAACUUCCAGGCCGAGCCCUCAGUACCUACCUCUAAGCUGGGCCAGGAGGAGGGCCGUGACGCCAGCUUGGCAUCCUCUGGGGACCUGGCCUUCCUGGGCAGCACCAUGAGCACCCUGUGUGGCGAGGUGCCCCUCUACUACAUCUAGGACCCAUCAGGGCCUCAGCAAGGGACAGCAAAGCUCCAGGAGCAAAGGGUCUUGUGCAGACCGGCAGGAAGCCGCUCCUGCCAGUACCACUGGGACUGGUCCUGGAGAAAUGGG